AUGCUUUCUGGUGUACACCGCAGAUACAAUCCUCUUCACGAUUCAUGGGUUCUUUGUUCACCCCAUAGGACGAGCCGCCCUUGGCAAGGGGCUCAAGAAGCAGUGACUGGAGAUGACAAGCCCGAGUAUGACGAGAAAUGUUAUCUCUGUCCCGGCAACACUCGCGCAAACGGAGAGCAAAACCCCGCAUACAAAAGCACUUAUGUUUUUCCGAAUGACUUCGCUGCCGUUAUGCCGAUCACUCCGUAUAGUUUGGCCGAGGAAUCAAGCAGCUGUAAGGACAACGAUCUAUUCAAAGCCGAACCUGUCUCAGGUAACUGCUCGGUGAUCUGCUUUUCUCCCAAACACAAUGUGACCCUCGCACACAUAACCCCAAGUGAAAUUUCUGUGGUGAUUGAUGCAUGGAAAAAAGUUUACCAGAGUGCGAGGGAAGAUCCUGAAGUGAAAUACUGCCAGAUUUUCGAGAAUAAGGGAGCUGCCAUGGGCUGUUCCAACCCUCACCCACAUGGCCAAGCGUGGAUGACCAGUAUUGUACCUGAUGAACCUCGUAUCGAGCACGAAUCACUGUUGAAAUACUAUCAAAAGAACCAAAAGCACAUGCUUGAGGACUACGUCGAGAAGGAGAUAGCUUUAAUUGGCACUGAAGGAGAUCGGAUCAUCGAUCUGAAUGACACCUUCGUGCUGCUCGUGCCAUUCUGGGCGACCUGGCCCUUUGAGACGAUGAUAGUCUCUAGAAAACGAAUCCCUAAUCUGUUGGAUCUAGACGACAAACAGCAGCUCGAUCUUGCUGAUAUCAUUUCGCGUGCAGCUAUUCGGUACGAUAACCUUUUCAAAACCUCUUUUCCUUACUCCAUGGGUAUCCAUCAAAGCUUCGUCGGAGGUGAUGAGCCAGAUGUGGAGCAUUUACUCUUCCAUUUUUAUCCACCUUUGUUACGAUCGGCAACUGUGCGUAAGUUUUUGGUAGGGUUCGAGCUCCUGGGCAUGCCUCAGAGAGACAUUACUCCAGAGUCUGCUGCAGCAUCUCUUCGCCAGUGUUCUCUGAAACAUUAUUCAAGCUCGUAG